AUUCUUUUUAAAUUUUGAAUUUAGACGAAUAACUCAACUAAUAAACAGAUCAGAUCUACGGACUAGGUGUUUUAGUUUUUUUUUUAAAUACUAUAAAUAUAUAUUCAUCCAACAUUCUACACAAACAGGCUGCUCUGAUAAUUGAGCGUUUGUUUAUGUAACAAGAUUUCCUUCUCUGAAAGAUUGGCGGUGACUUUAACUCGCUAAAGUCUGAAGCUAUGUUGCCAAGAGAAACUCGGACCAUGACGAUGCUGCGGGAACUAGCUUUGCGAAAUUCUUCCACGAACUCAAUUGUUGGAAAUCAGUUAAAGCAUCGGCAUGGGUUCCACAUUAUUAGACAGACUUGCACAGAGUUUCCAAGGAAGCUCAAGAAAACAGAGAGAAAACCGUGGGUGACAAAUAUUAAUGAAUUGAAACGUAUUGGUAGAGCAGAGAGGAAAGAAAGACAGAUAGUGCGUGAAAGGAUUCUACAACCACCCCAAAAUGGGUUAUUGGUUAAGGAAUUGAUCCCAGUUGCUCAUCAAGUUAACGCUGACCGAAUCCAACUAUUCACUUGUGUUUCUAAGGUUGCCCAGAGUAUUGCCAUAUAUUCAUGCAGUGUAUGUGGUGAAGUUCACAUUGGCCAUCGACCACAUAAGAUCAGAACCUGCAAUGUUAUGGGUAGUGCAGCAAGCAAGGAGCACUGUUGGAGAAGAGGUGCCAUUGAACACGUCUUGCCUCUUGUGGAAUCUUUUCAUCUCUAUGACAGGCUAGGGAGAGCUGUCUCUCAUAAUGAACGGCUUCAAGUGGAUCGUAUUCCAGCUAUUCUAGAAUUGUGUGUCCAAGCAGGCAUUGAUCUACCUGAGUAUCCAACUAGAAGAAGAGUCUUUCCUGCUUACAGUAUUUCUGGUAGGGUAAUUGACUUUGAGAAGAGAUUCCCCAAAGAAGAUGCACCUGGCAAAGAUAUUUAUGCAUGUGGCUUUUGGCAGAAGAGAAACAAUAUAAGUGACGAUAACAAGUCUGUGGACAUGCAGCCUUGUGAUCUACAAGGUACUGCUGUUCGUGGGAUGGAGGCAUGGGAGAGAAUGCGCUCAGGAGCCUCAAGACUUAUGGAAACAUAUGCUGUCCAAACUUGUGGAUACUGUUCAGAAUUACAGGUAGGACCUAAAGGUCACAGGGUUCGAAAUUGUCAAGCCUACAAGCAUCAGAUGAGGGAUGGGCAGCAUGCAUGGCAGGAGGCAACGAUUGAUGAUGUAGUUCCUCCUGUGUAUGUCUGGCACGUACGAGAUACUCAAAGCGAGAAACCACUAGUAAAUGGGUUGAAGAAGUACUAUGGUAUGUUGCCUGCUGUGGUGGAGCUGUUUGCACAGGCAGGUGCUAGUGUGCCCAAUGAUUAUGUUGUUAUGAUGAGGGAAGACGUUGCUGUACCUGAAUGGGAUGAAGAAAAGUUGGUUGUUUAAAGCAUUGCUCUGAAUUGCAUACAUGCUGGAUAGCUGAAGCUUUUGUGUAGGUUAAGUUUUAUGUAGCAGUGACAAAUUAUAUUCGGAAUUGGGGUAUCUAACUGGCGGUUGCAAAGAAAUGAUGAAAGUUUGUCAGAGUUUUCUCACCACAAUGAUUAGUUAGUUAACAAAUUGGAAGAAACUCUUGAACUUUAACAUCGUUCUUACAGGAUGGUUCAUUUGUGAAUAGAUCUCACGGAGCCAGAUUGUGAAGUUCUCCAAACUCUCUCUGGAAAUAUCGAUCUUAUCUCUUGGUCUAAAGUUAUUGCUAGCUCUUCAAAGCUUCAGUCUUGCUCCAGGGGAGGAGUUGAAAUAAUGCAGAAAUAUAAAAUGAUGCGGCUCGGGAAUUUCUAUCAUCAAUUGAAAGAGAGAUACUGUUCCAUUGCUGUUGCCUUUUGUAUUGAAGAGGACGUCUGAAAGCUAUAAACUGUUUCAACUAGACAUUAAAGCUAUUUAUCAGAAUCCGAUUUGGAAAUUGCAAACAGCUGCUGAUGGUUCCGGACAUAGAUAUAAAGUAACAAAGGAUCGCUGCAAUUUCAUGUCUGAACUAUGCACCAAUCAUUGCAGUAGAACUUUGUCAAGAACAUUUGGUUAGUCUCAUUUGAAGCUUUUUGCAGUAAUGUUUUUAUAUUUUAAAUAUAUUUCAUUAUGUAAGAAUAUGUUGUUCUGAACUUCUCUUUUCUGGGUUUGACACAUGCGUCCAAAUUUCACCAAUGAUUGAACAGCAGAUAAGAUUGUAGCCAUGUUUUAAAUAAGUCAAACCCCAUAACCAAAAGACGCCCAAUUAUUAGGUGAGAAUGAAGGGGAUGGGUGCAUGAAUGAACCCCCAUUAAUGGCGUUGAAAAUUGAAGUGGCAGUAAUUAAAGUGGGUGUAGGGAUAAAUGCUUUUGACAGUUCUGUAACGGAACCGACACGAUUAAGUGAGACGUCUAGAUUUCGUGAUGUUGAUAUCAUCUUUGGAAAUAAAAUGUUGCUUAUAUUUAUAUAUAUAA